AGGGGGAAGAUAUUAGCCCCGCAUUAGAAACGCACCGCAUCACACCUUUCCUCUCAUCCUCUCUCUCUCUCUUACCCAGCCAUCGUCUCCAGGACUCGAUCCCACAGGUGGAAAACGCCGUCGUUUUCUGGUGAAACAACAGUCAGUGGUGAGAGACGCAAGGAUGGUUGAUCGUCUGUUCGAGGAUAUAUUUCAGAUUCUGCGACUGAACCCAGAUGGCAAAAAGUUUGAUAAAGUUACUCGAAUCGAAGCAAAGAGUGAGACUUGCGAGAUGUUCAUGCACCUAGAUGUGAAUUCAGAGGUAUAUCCCAUGAGGGAAGGUGAGAAAUUCUCAAUGGCUCUAACUUCCACAAUCAAUUUGGAUGGAACACCUGAUACUGGCUAUUUCACUCAGGGCAAUCGCAAGACAUUGGCCGAUGAAUAUGAAUACGUCAUGCAAGGGAAGCUUUUCAAAAUUUCAGAAGGUUCUAAACGUGAUCCCAAAGCGGAGGUAAAUGCUUCAUUUGGUGGCCUUUUGAUGAUGCUGAAGGGGGAAGCCUCUCAAUUCAAGAACUUUGAACUUGAUCAGAGGAUGUUUCUCCUCAUAAGGAAGCUAUGAGACUUGACAGUAUCCAAUGUGGAAUGGUCUAUAGCUCUCUCCUAAGAGGAACAUUUUUAGGCUUUUCUUAUGUAAACUUGUGCUGAACCUUGACGGUUCAGAUUAAGCCUGUGUUGAGUAGAGGGCUCCCUGACAGGUUGCUACAUAAAGUCUAAAGAGUAGUGUGCAGGCAUGAAAUGCUAUGACAUUGACAGUUUAAAAUUUAUGUUGUCAAAAUUAAACUCUUGCCAAGCGCCCAUGAUCUUUGGAUGGCUCAUGAAUAGUAAUAACCAUUCUAGUGCAGCCAUAAUGGUUUUUUUAACC